UUUCUCGUUCAACAUGUGCUGCCUCAGAAGGCGAAAACAAAAGCGGCUCGGGCCCGGCCCGAUCCCGGAUCUUCGCCGCCGGCGACGCCGGUUGGAGAGGUGAUGGGGGAGGUGCGCGGUGCUCUAUAGCAGCUAGUAGGUGUAGUUCUAGUUUUUCCUUAGAGGAGUUUGGCCUAGUGCCGGAGAUUGGCGUCAUGCCGAUGAGGAUUUUGCUGCCGGCGCGCCCGAGCCGCGUUCGGUGGUUCCUGGCGAUACUCUUGUUGGUGGUGGCGGUUGGCUCGCUGCUGUUGGAAGGAGGUGCGCUGGAAUCCUCGGAAAUAAGCUCGAUGUCUUCCCUGGUAUGCAGGAAUCCCCUUCGCUUGCUCUCGCCGACGGCAGUCACCAUGGUGGUGGUCAAGUCGACGGGGACUGGUAUGAAGACGGCUCUUGCGACCGGUUCCAGAGCAAAUCAUCGAUGGUGCUUGAGCUUUGGCGCUCCCGGCGGACAGCCGGCUUGCAGCGCCGCCGCGCCACCGAAUCCUCUGGCCAAAGGGCGGCCAAACCUCUUCCUCCUAGCCUUGAAGCUAUAUGGGAGGCAGUGCUACUCUAGCUCGAUGUUCACGGCUUGCUGCGGUGAAGAACUCGUCGGACCAAGUGGUGAUGUCCCCGGCGCCGGCGAGUUUGGAGUCGAUCGGGAGUGGCUUGGACCUGAUUGCGUUCCUCUUCAGAUCUUUGGGGUCCUUUCUGCAUAUUUCAGGGACUGCUUUGUAAUUUUCAGUUUGUUGUGUGUCCUGUUGCUCUGGCUUGUACUACCGUAUUGUAACAUCAAAUAAAGUUUGGGGUCCUUUUGGACCCUGCCCUUGUUCAAAAAAAAAAAAAAACUGUGUGAUUUUUUAGUUCAUGAACUGAAUUGUUUAUCCACCGUCAAUUUAGUUCAUCCACCGUUAGUUUAUGGGCUAAUGAGGCAUUUCACUGUUAGAGAGGGGGAGGGACAUAUAGUCAAGCUGACAACGAUUUCUAAAGCGCAAAAGGUCCAACUAGAUGACACAAGCCCGGCCAAGUGGCGGCAGCUCGAAACAACAGCCAGCAGAAAAAAUCAACGCAAAAUCGCGUCUUUUCGCAAACGAAAACCUCCCAGCACCGGCAAGAACCAGGGGAUCGUCCCUCCCCUCCCUCUCCCCCCACCCUCCUUUCCCACUCCAAUCCAGUCACGUCGCCCUCCAUCUCCUCCGCCCCUCUUUCCAAGAUUCUCCCCACCAUCGCCAAAAAGAUCGGCGGCGAGACGAGAGAGGGAAAGGCCGGCCGGCGAAAAGGGAAAGCCAAGCACCCUGCAAGGCGCAGCUCGGUGCCGUGAGCGGAGAGGAGAGGCCGGUCCGUCGAUUGAUCGAUUCCGUUUCCAUAUCGCUCCCCGGACCCCGAGAUGGGAUUUUGAUGCCGGAUUCCUCCCGCUUUCUUUAUCUCCAGUUUGGUUCUUCUUGCUAUAUCCCUCGUGGGGUUUCCAGCUUCCGCCUGAACUUUUCGUCGUUAUAGAGGCUUCGCUUCUGCCGUCCUUCCGCCUCUUCAAUCUCGCAGUCCAACCUCCGGCCGUUAGCUGUGUUCCUCCGAUUCCAGAGCAGCUCGCCAUUUUCGCCGGAGACUGCUGCUGCUGUCGUCCGACAUACUCUGUUCUUGAUUCCAACUUCUUUUCCGGGCCGGGCGACUCUGCUGUGCAACUUGCCCACUGACUGCACACAAAGUGAUUGUUUCUUGGCAUAAUUCUGGCACAAAUGGAUGACGGGGUGGACCUCCCGAGCCAAUUCCUCUUCCCGCACCCGGAGAUGCCCGGCGCCUUCAGCGACCUCCUGGGCGACGCCGCCGCGACCUGCACCCACACGCACACCUGCAACCCUCCGGGCCCGUCGGCCGCCACGCACACGCACACCUGCCUGCACACCCACACCCACCAGCUCUUCGCCGCCGGCAGCGAGGACGACGACGCGGCGCGGCCCCGCCGGCCGCUGGGGAACCGGGAGGCCGUGCGCAAGUACCGGGAGAAGAAGAAGGCGCACGCCGCGUUCCUGGAGGAGGAGGUCAAGCAGCUGCGCGCCGCCAACCAGCAGCUCCAGCGCCGGCUGCAGGGCCACGCCACGCUUGAGGCCGAGGUGGCGCGGCUGAGGGGCCUCCUCUUCGACGUCCGGGCCAAGAUCGACGCGGAGGCCGCCGGCGCGUUCCCGUUCCAGAAGCAGUGCAGCGUCGGCUCCGUGGCGUGCGCCGACCCGACCCUCUGCUUCAACAAUGGCAACUCUGAGGUCGGUGGCGCCUGCUGGGAGGACAGCUCCGGGCCGGCGGCUGCGGAUUACAGGUUCGAUGAAGACGGCAAUGGCAAUGGCGGCGCGUCGCGGGAGAUCGAUGCUCCGGAACAACCGGUGCGUUCCAUGGAUGUCGUUGAGCUCUGCUGCUUCCCUAGCUGAACCUAUGAAUGUGAUCAAGGAUUGUUUCGGCAGUUGUUGCAUGAGAGUUGUUUUACAUUUUUGGUGAAAACACACUCUCAUGGAAUGAAAGGGCGAUCAGUGAGUAUAACUGAUAUGAUGUUCUUAUGUUUUGAUACUA